UUUGCGUGCACCUGUGCGCCCUUUGCUGAUCCUGAUCCGCUGGGCAUCUUUCGCGGCCCCGCAAGGCAAUGCUGUCAAGAUUUGAGUUUAUAGCUUGGGGUUUGUUUACUUCGAGCUAUAACGGGCAAAAGCAGUUGCAAUCAUCAAUUCACAUACUUGGGAAUGACUCACAGCCCGCUGGGAUCUAGAAGGCGCAUGGAUUUUUGCUUAAAUUCGAGGAGGAAAGUCGAGCUGAGAAAAGCAGUUAGCCCGAACUUUGCCCUCUUCUGUCGUUUCCUUUCACGCUCAAUCCAAUCGCCAUGUAUCACACCAAAGGCUACGAAUCUUUUACUUCACCCCGUUCAAGCUUAAGUUUGUCACCUACCCCGACUUUCACCAGAAUAAGAUUCAACGAUAAUCCCCAAUAUAUCGAACCACCAAGCCCCCCUAUGUCUAUUUCAAGCCCGACUUUGUACUCCUCCGGAGACUACACUCAACCAAGUAGUCGGGGAUCUCCUCAGUCUAAUCUAAAUUCUUCUAUCAAUCCUUUACUCAGACAUCAAAGUUCGACUUGCAUCAAAGUCGGAUUCUACUCCAGCUCUCGCGACCUCCGCUACCGUGCCAACAACAGCAACGACUCCCUAGCACAAUCAGCAUUGGGACCCGGAAUCCAAAUAGACACCAUCGCCAUCAUGGCGAACGGUCUACCAUGGACAACGACUAUAUCAGCGCUGUCCCUAGGUCACAUAGUAACCGUCGGCGAUGUCCUCACGGAGCUCUUGAAAUCCCUGGAGGUUCCAGUUACACACUCCGAAUUCCAUCGCGAUUCUUCAGCAAGGAGAGUCGACGUCCAGAGGAAUUUCGCGAGUCGAUGCGCGUUUGUGAGUAAGAGGACCAACUCCCGGUUGGAUGAAAACGAUGAUUGGAAUAGAGGGGUUAUCCGCAGAGGGGAUUAUUUGGGUGGAUGGUCGUUUAGGGGGUUGACAGUGCGGGGCGUGGAGGGUGCCACUAUGUCCAUGAAGCUGCAUUGGGUUGCCGCAAGCUCGGACUAGGUGGCCCUUUUCUUUCUUCCUUCUCUUUUUUUUCCUUUCUGAACGUCAUGCUGAGUAUGGCGCAUGUCUCCUCGCUGUCCUCUCACUCCCUACUCCGGACGCUCUUGUUGUAUCUUCUCCUUCCCGCUCUGUUUUCUGCCAUUUUGAUUUUUAAUACUAGCUCCCCGCUAUCUCUUAAUCCCUGCUCCGGACGCUCUUGUUGUAUCUUCCCCUCCCCGCUCUGUUUUCUGCCAUUUUGAUUUUUAGUAAUAGUUUCCCGCUGUCUCUUCCUCCCCAUUCCAGACGCUCUUGUUGUACCUUCCCUCCGCUGUUUUUAUGCCAUUUUUAUUUUUAGAGUGGUAUCCACGUCUAGUUUCUCGGUGUAUUAAUGGAUAUCUUGUAUCUUUAGGCCUCUACCUACC